AUGAAAAUUUUAAGCAAGAAAAUAAUAAAGGGAGUUGGAUUCAUAAAAGUAGUGCCUGAAGAAGAUGAUGACUUUUGGCAUUUGUAUAAUCUAUUGUCUGUUGGAGAUAUAAUAAAGACAAGCACACACAGAAAGAUAGUGAAAGAAAGUUAAACUGGUACUAAGGUUUCUGAGAAAAGAAGGAUAUUUGUAUUUUUAAAGGUUCACGAAAUUAAUUAUUGGGCAGAUCAAUAUCUAUUGCUAUCAAUAAAGGGCAGAAAUUGCUAAGAAUCUCAUUGGUUAUCUUUGGGCUAAUUUCAUACCUACGAAGUUGAAUUGAAUUAGAAAAUCGUAAUAUACAAAGAAAAUUGGGAUAGAUUUCAUUAUGCCAUCUUGGAUUAGAUCAAACAAUAGUAAACUUUAUCAGAGGUGGCAGCAUUCAUAAUGGAGGAAGGAGUAGGUCACUUAUGUUUGAUAGGAUCAGCUACUACUAGAUUGAAGUAAAAAGUAGAGAAAUAGAUAACAAAGAAGAGAAGUGCUAAUGAGUAAAGAGAGAAGGCAAUGGAAGAGUUUUUUAAAGCAUGUUUAGCAGCCUUGGAAUAAGAUUCAUUAUUUGAAUAAGUAAAAUGUUUGAUUGUGGCAUCUCCAGGAUAUGUGAAGGAUGAUUUCUAUUAGUUUCUGAGAAAUAUAUUUUAAAAGGAGGAGAAGUAUAAGGGAAAAUAGAAAAUGUUAGAUAAGAUCUUUCUAGUAAGAUCAAGUUCAGGCUAUUUGAACAGUUUAAUGGAAAUUCUAUAGGAUCAAUAGGUUUAGUAAAGAUUAGAAAAUACAAAGUAAAAUAUUCGAAAAAUAUUUAGAGCUAUGCAAGAAGUGAUGAUCUUGGAGAAGUUCUUUGAGUAACUUCGAAUAGAUAUAACUAAAGUUGCUUAUGGAAAGAAAGAUGUUGAAUUUGCUCAUAGUCUUGGUGCAAUUCAGACUCUAUUAAUAAGUGAUAAAGUGGCAAGAGCCAAAGAUCCAAAAGUAAGGAGAUAAUGGCUGAAAGUGAUUGAAGAGAUCAAGAACAAGGGUGGAGAAGUGUUUAUCUUCUCUAGUUUACAUCCUUCUGGAAAACAACUGAACAACUAUACUGGAAUAGCAGCUAUUUUAUAUGUUUCAGUUUCGUUUGAUUAUGAAGAUGAUGACGAAGAUGAAGAUGAGCAAGAACCAGUUGGUUAAUAGAUUCAUUAACAGUAACACUAACAUGCUUAAGAUGAAUUCAAAAUGGACAUGGUAGUCUAAAAGAAAUUUGAAGAGUUCGGCAUGGAAGAUGGUGAUGAUGUCGAUGAUGAUAUUUGAAUGUUAAUAUACAAUUAUAUAGAUAAAAAUAU